CUCGAAUCUAGGGUAAAAUCGACAAAAAAUCUAGGGUAAGAUUUCAUCAACUCAUGGAAGCACUGCCUGCGGCCCUGCCACUGCCAGCAGGAGCCAGCUGAGCAGUGAGGGAGUGAGCGGAUGACAGUUGUGCCACUUGUGCGCCUGUGCCGUCUGGGCGCCGGCGCCCCGUCUUCAACUCGUAUUAGUAGUAAACGAACGCCGAAAGGAAGAGGUACUGUACGUCUGUGAGAUCCAUGAGAUAUAACUGAAAAAAAGAGUGAAAGUGAUAUAUGAUGGAAGAACCAGGUCAAUGGAGGAUGCAUCAGAAGACAUUUCAGGAUGCUGUACAUGGUGCCAUAACACUUCACCCUUUGUGUGUCAAAGUUAUUGAUACACCACAGUUCCAGAGGCUCAGGUUCAUCAAGGCUCUUGGUACGUGUUAUUUUGUAUUCCCUGCAGCUACUCACAACCGUUUUGAGCAUUGUCUUGGGGUGUGUUAUUUGGCUGGUCAGUUGGUGUGUGCACUGCAAUCUCGGCAACCAGAGUUGGAUAUCUCAGAAGCUGACAUCCUUUGUGUACAAUUAGCUGGCUUGUGCCAUGACUUAGGUCAUGGCCCCUUUAGUCAUCUCUGGGAACAGUUUGUAAGCCGAGCAAGACCUGAAAAGCACUGGGUGCAUGAAAAUGCCUCAAUAAAGAUGUUUGACUACUUGCUGGAAACUAACAAUCUUAUUGAAGAAUUUGAUAGAUAUGGUUUGAAAGACCAAGAUAUAACUUUCAUCAAAGAAAUGAUCUACAGUGUACCUGGUAAUGGUUCAGAAUGGUGGUAUAAAGGCCGCCCUAGGAAGAAAGCAUUUUUGUAUCAGAUUGUGGCCAAUAAGCAAACUGGAAUUGAUGUUGAUAAGUGGGACUACUUUUUACGUGACAGCCUUAAUUUAGGCAUCAAGGUAACGUUUGACUAUCAUCGCAUCAUCCAGUUCUCUCGAGUUAUACCAGUUGGGGAAGAAACUCAGAUCUGCAUUAGAGACAAGGAAAGCAACAAUGUCUAUGAUAUGUUCCAUGCCCGACGGGUUUUACACCGUACUGCCUACAAACAUCGCGUUGUACAGAUUAUUGAUAACAUGUUUGUUGAUGCUUUACUCUAUGCUGACAAACAUAUUUGUUACCUUGGAUCAAAUGGGGUGAAGUAUCCUUUAGCAGAUGUGUGUGAUGACAUGAUGGCCUACAGUAACUUAACUGAUUGGGUUUUUCAUCAAAUUUUGCUGGAUGAGAGAGAUCACCCAGAUCUACUGCAUGCCAAGAAAAUUCUCUCCAGCAUCUUCAGACGCCAACUAUAUCUUUGUGUAGGACAUACAAAACCCAACAAUCCUGCCACUACCUUCAAGAAUCUCGAAGAAGCACUGAAAAGGAACAUUCCAAAAAAUAGCACACUUACACCAGAAGAUCUGAUAGUAACACAAGUGGAACUAAAUUAUGGGAUGGAAGAUCAAAACCCUGUUGAGAUGGUCUAUUUUUAUAAUAAAACUUCCCCAAUGAAGACCAAGAAAAUCAAGAAGGAAGAAAGCAUUCUGCUUCCUGAGAGUUUCCAGGAGAGAACCUUUAGAAUUUUGUGUAGAAGCAACGAAGAAGAUAAAUUUAAACAUGCCCAAAGAGCUCUGAUGGCUGCAUGCCAAGAACUCAACAUGAAGGAGGAGCUAUACGAUGAGCUUAUCCCACCACCAUUCUCCCCAGUGAAAAAUCAUAGAUGGAUAGAGGACUGAAGUUUUUAAAAGCCUCUUUGUUCAACAGUAACAAAGCAAAAUCUACUGAGAAAAAAAAGAGUCAGCAAUCCACCGCAGCUUUCGCCCAACCUCCUCAGCAAGGGUUACCUCACAAGAGAAUGCUCGUGACCUGCUAGAGCAAGCUGGGGUUGGAGACACCUCGGUGUUGGAAUCUGGGGAGUCUCUCUCACUCUCUACCACAAGGUCAGGAGUGUACAACAAGGGGCGGUGUAUACGACGAGGGACAAGGUCGGGUCAUGCCGGCCAUCCCUAAACAUGGAGCAAGCAAGUCUCGGGCGUCAGUCAGGAGGUGGAGCACGACCCGCCACAAAUCUGGCACAGGCGUCCCUACAACUGCGCAACUGCGCAUUACCAACUUCGUGGAGGCGCAUGUGUUUCACUCUCUUCAGAAGAUGACGCAGACCGAGGAGGCGUGUGGUUCGGCACAGGUCCUGCCACUACUGGAGGGAGAACCAAACCAGCGUGUCCUAACACCCUCAACCUGCGGCAGGAAACUGGCUCUUCUUGCACUGGAAGACACAAACUGUCUGCGCCUUUCAUGGAGGAAUUGGACCCUGCCUCUCACCAGCUCUGACCUGGCAACACUCGGCGUCAUCCAGGGAGGGAGGACAGGACAGGACAGCCUUGCUUCAUCUAACCUAACCUAACCAAUACAUGUUGCUGCCUCAUCCAGGGUGGGAGGGAGGACAGGACAGACUGCCUUGCUUCAUCUAACCUAACCAAUACAUGUUGCCAAUCACUCUUGUAAUGUUAUUUAUUAUUCCUUCCAUCUAAUGUGAAUGUGCCCACAUGUGUAAUGUUGUUAUUCCUUAUGUUCUGUGAUGGACCCACAUGACUGUUGUGUUAGUACUAAUAAUAAAUCAUAAUAAGAAAA